AUCUUCAUCAUCUCUUUCUCAUUAUCAAAUUCAAUUAGGGUUUAAUUUCUUCAUCAUAAUUCAUUUUCAUGGAGCAACUUAUACCCGGUCUUCCCGACGAGAUUGGUCUCGAAUGCUUAUCUCGCCUUCAUUACACAGCCCAACCCGCCGCCGCCCGGACCUGCCGGCGAUGGCUGGACCUUCUUCAGAGUCGUGAUUACUACACAAUCAGAAACCAUCUCGGUUACACAACCCACAUGGCUUGUCUUCUCCAAUCCCUCCCUCCGCCGUCAAUCUCGCCGUCCGACGAAGAACCCAAGUUAACAAAUUCGGGUUUGAGUUCUCCGAGUUGUGUUAUCACUUUGUUCGACCCAGUGAGUCAGAUCUGGAACCGACUCGCUCCGGUAUCCGAUCACCUCCCACUCUUUUGUCAAAUCGCUAGUUCGGAAGGGAAACUCGUCGUGAUGGGCGGUUGGGAUCCGGCGAGUUACGACCCGGUGAGUUCCGUCUUCGUAUACGAUUUCAUCACUCGCCGGUGGAGACAAGGAAAAAACAUGCCGUCAAAACGGUCGUUCUUCGCCAUCGGCGCAACUAAAGGCCGCGUUUACAUCGCCGGCGGUCACGACGGUAACAAGAACGCGUUGAACUCGGCAUGGACGUACGAUAUAAGGUCUGACGAAUGGACUGAGUUGACUCGGAUGAGUCAAGAACGAGAUGAGUGCGAAGGUUUAAUAAUCGGCGACGAGUUCUGGGUCAUUAGCGGUUAUCGGACCGAGUUUCAAGGCGCGUUUGAGUCGAGUGCCGAGAUUUAUCAACUUAGAACCGGCGAGUGGCGGCGAGUCGAGAGGGCGUGGACGCCGGGACUGAGUCCGAGGUCGUGUGCACGGUUGGGAAAUGAUGGGAGGUUGACGAGUUGGGCUGAGUUGGACUCGGCGGUGAGUGCGGAAGCUUGUGGAUUGAUAUUGGGGGCCCAAAGUUUAGUAAUGGGUUCGGCCCAUCUAGGGGCAUCUUUAAGAUUCUUCAUUGGGGAAGGGCAAGAUGGUAAAUUAGAAAGAAUAGAUGUUCCCGAUGAGUUUUCCGGCUUCGUUCAGUCAAGUUGUUGUGUGGAAGUUUGAUGAGUUAGAAAGGUUCUAGAAAGACUCAUAAAUCUUCUAGAAGGAUUGUAAUUAAAAAAAUAAUGUGUAAUAUUAAGUUUGUAAUAAAAAUAAUUUAUGUUAUAAUUAAAUUA